GAUAAGUGAUUUGCAUCCAGCAUUUAUGCCUAUGCAGUAUCCACUGUUAUUUCCUUACGGAGAAGAUGGCUUUCAUCUUAAUAUUCCAUACCAAAAGUGGAAUCACACAACCAAAACGAAGCGAGGGACUGUGACUGCAAGAGAGUUUUAUGUUUACAUGCUUCAAUUUCGCUUGAAUCAAGGUUUCACAUUGUUCUUGGGUGGAAAACUUUUUCACCAAUAUAUAACUGAUGCAUUUACAAGCGUUGAAGGAAUGAGAUUGGAUUAUAAUUUGAGGAAUCAAAAGAAGUUCAGAACUGAAAUUUUUCAGGGAGUAGUCGAUGCUUUCACAAGAGGUGAUACAGAUGGAAACAUGAUUGGGAAACGAAUAAUUUUGCCAGCAAGCUUUACUGGAGGGCCACGUUAUUACAUGCAAAAUUAUCAGGAUGCCAUGGCAAUAUGUACAUAUUAUGGAUACCCGGAUCUCUUUAUCACCUUUACAUGUAAUAGUAGAUGGCCAGAAAUAAUUGCAGCAUUGAAGUUCAUUGAUGGACAACGAGUGGAAGAUAGACCAGAUAUUGUUUGUCGGGUUUUCAAGAUUAGACUUCGAUGUUUCAUCAAAGAGUUGGUAGAUGAUCAACAUUUUGGAAAAGUCCGAGCAGGAAAUCAUGUCAUAUCAACCUCUGUCUGAAUUACAAAUUGGAAAAGAAGGAGGUACAAUUCAAAUUUGUGUUGCACGCAUUUGGCACAGCAUCAACUACAAACAGGCAAAUGACAUUAUCAGCCUUGAUUUCCUUGCCACCGAUGAUAAGGGCAAUGCAAUUCAAGCUAUCAUCCAUAAAAUACAUAUGAAAGAAUUUGAAUCCAUCCUAAAAGAAGGACAUGUUUACUGCAUCUCUGAUUUCAAGGUGUCUAAACCAAAAAAAAGCUACAAUGUAAUUUCAGCUCCUUCUGCGAUCACAAUCACUUCAAAAACGAAGAUUGUCAAGGCAUCAUCAUCUGCUUUAUCAUUUCAACGCCACUACUUUCAGUUUUUCGAAUUUGAACAUCUGCCACAUAGAUAUAAGAUCAACGAAACUCUCACCGAUAUCAUCGGUCUGAUCAUUUCAAUGAGCAAAGUUACUGCCAUAUAUGUCAGCAACAAAUCAACUAAAGUUCCUAAACGGAACUUGCAAUUGCAGAACAUCAAGUUUGCUACAUCGAACUAUACUUUCUUAACAAAUAUUACGUUUCUAUAA